UAUCAUGUCGACAAUUUUACAAUCUAGAUUCUGAAUAGACCACUUAUUAUACAAAUUAACAAUAUAUAGCUGUAGUAGAAAGUCUAUCCAGUAGUACAUUUGAGGUGUAAAGACUCCAGAACUAUUUAUAGCUAUUGAUGACAUCAUUGUUGUAUUCAUGUGUGUGUGUGUUUGGGUGUGGAGAGUCGCAUGUAUUGCACUCCACAGAUCAAGGAGUAUUGAAUUGUUUUAACAGGAUUACAUUGCAAAGCUUUAAUAUAGGGAUUAAAUAAUUGGAAAAUAAUUAACGUAGCCAUUUUAAGGUUCGAUGUUUAUACUAAUACCUUAACCCUGUGAUUGUCAACAACUUUAACCUACCAUCAUGCCUCAUCUUUCUCUGUAGCAGUUUAUGUGGUAGUCUACGUACAAAAAUUGCAAUUCACUCUUUUAUUUCGAUCACUCUCUGUUAGAAACGCCACUCAGAAACCUUGUCAACAAUGGGAUCCAACAGUUUGGAGAUGGCAUUUAAAAUGCGGAGUACCAAAUUCCGCCAUGUUUACGGUAGCCCUUUUCGGAAAGAACAUUGUUAUGAAAAUGUGCGAAUAACACGAAAUGCUCAUGAAAGCCAUUUUUGUGCUGUGAAUCUGAAAUUUGUAGCUGUCGUCACAGAAAGUUCAGGUGGAGGAUGUUUUGUAGUGUUACCUAUUGAAAAGACUGGUCGAGUGGACAUAAAUUCUCCAAAAGUAUGCGGUCAUGCAGGUGCUGUUAUGGAUAUCAAAUGGAACCCUUUCAAUGAAAAUAUUAUAGCUUCAGGUGCAGAUGAUUCUACGAUUAAACUUUGGCAAAUUCCUGAUGAAGGUUUAUACUCCAACUUAACAGAAUGGUCAGUUGAUCUACAUGGUCAUCAGAGAAAAGUUGGUUAUGUGGAAUGGCACCCAACAGCAGAAAAUAUUCUACUUUCAGUUGGCUUUGAUUUUAAAUGUAUAGUGUGGAAUGUUGAACAAGCCGAACCUGUAAAUAUAAUAGAUAGUCAUAAUGACACAAUAUUUUCUAUGUAUUGGAAUAAUGAUGGUAGUUUAUUUUGUACAACAUCUAAAGAUAGAAGAAUACGUGUUAUAGAUCCUAGAAUAGCUCAAGUAGCAAUAGAAACAGAAGGUCAUGCAGGAACUAAGUCAUGUAAAGGGAUUUUCCUUCGAGAUAAUCAUAGAAUAGUUACUACUGGGUUCUCAAGGAUGAGUUCAAGACAGUUUGCCUUAUGGGAUGUUAGACAUAUGAAUUCACCAGUAGUUAUGACUGAUAUAGAUCAUGAUAGUGGAACGUUAUUACCUUAUUACGAUCCAGAUUUAAAUAUAGUUUACCUAGCAGGGAAGGGAAAUGGUAAUAUUAGAUAUUAUGAAGUAGCUUCUGAAGAGCCUUAUGUUCAUUUCCUUAAUGCCUAUCAAUCAUCAUCUCCACAGAGAGGAUUAGGUAUGAUGCCAAAGCGAGGCUGUGAUGUCACAAAAUGUGAAGUUUUAAGGUUUUAUAAAUUACAUGCAGGGAAAAACUUAAUAGAACCGAUCUCAAUGAUAUGCCCUAGAAAAUCUGAUAAAUUCCAAGAAGAUAUUUACCCUCCAACACGAGGCACCAUUCCAUCAUUAGGGCCAGAUGAAUGGAUUGCUGGCCAGAACCGAGACCCUAUAUUAGUGUCUGUAGCUGAUGGCCAUGUUUUAAAUACACCUAAUAUAACCGCAUCUAAAGCUGUUCAAAAACAGGAAGGUGCUUUAAAUCGUGCUCCAACAAUUACAACGUAUAAAGCUGUUAAUAAACAGAAUCUUGAGAAUAUACGUGGUGGACCACGACGUGCCAAUACCAUCGCAACUGAAACAGUUAUCAAUAAUAACAAUCAUGAAGAACCAGCAUCACUGCAAAAUAUAAAAAGACUCAGUACCAAUGAAGAUUUUGUCUCUAUUAAACCUAUGGAUUCUCAGCGAAUACAACAAAGAGAUAGAUACCCGACAUCACAAAAACAACAUAGAGGACCGGAGACUGUGAGACAUACGUAUGUUCCCUUGGAAACCUUGGUAUGUGAUAUAACAUCAGAUCUGGAUGAUAAUCUACCAGAUAAUCUAUAUGAUAAUGAUCAAGAUAUUACAGCUUGGCAGGAAGAUACAUUAAGCGAUCAUGACUUGCGUCUGGAUGAGUUUGAUUUACAAUUCAAUCCACCGGUAUAUGCCUCUAGUUCCAUGCCGUACAUGGCACCAGCAGAAUCCAGGCCUCAAAGAUCCUAUCAACAACAACCAGACUCCCCUAAAUCUAUUGAACCAGAAGUCGAACAGCCAUCAGCUUUCUUAAAAAUGAAAGAAACUGUAAAAAGGAAUUUGGAAAUGAAACCCAUAGAAACAACCCAUGCCAGCAUUUAUGACAAAGAAAGGGAAAGAAUAAGACCUCUUGCCCGAUCAUCAUCUGAGGGUGGCCUUAGGAAGAGUUUCUAUGAAAAUGAACAAGAUAUAACAGCUUGGCAAGAAGACACAUUAAAAAGACCAAAGGGUUUACCACCUGUUAAUAUGAUGAAACAAAAUGUUGCCAGUACGAAUAUCUUACAAAGACCCACUUUAAGAUCCAUGAAGAAACGGGUUCAAAAUAUACGCAAAGGUGAUGCUGAAAGUUAUAAUCCAGAAGAAGAAAGGAAUCCAUCAUUUUCACAAGCUAAAAGAUAUCUACAAAAACAAGCCCAGGUUGAAAAUACGCGACCUAAAAGUAUGGUAGAUAUGGAUACAAGUAAAUUAGAUCAAGACCUGCUAGAUUUUCAACAGAGAUCAUCGAAGCCCUUAAAUGCCUUGGGACGACAGAGAAGUUUGGAAAAUGAUGAAUUCACACACGAACAAUUUAAUCAAGCUAAAAGAUUACUUGAACAACAAACUCAACCUGGUAUACAAAGACAGACAAGUUUAGACAGAGAAGAACGAAAUAAGUUGACUCGAGAACCAUCUCCACCAUAUCCAAUAAAAAGAAGAAGUUAUGAAUCACUACCCAAAGAAGAAACUCCUAAAAGGCUACCUAAGGCAGGCAGUACAUCUCCAUUUGCAAAACGCAGGGAAGUUAGAUCAAGUGAACUACCAGCUUCUACAGUAGAAAAGUUAGAAAAAUCACCGUUCACCAAUAGAGCUUCUUUCCCUAAAUUAAAAUGUGAAACUAUUGUCACAUCAAGACCUUUUGUGCCUUUUGAGAUGCAAACCCCACAUGAUAAUCGAAGAGAACACACAUAUACUCCACCUAGAUUGCCAGAAAAAACAAUUCAACCUGCUGGUAUCUACCGUCAGAGUAGUUUAGAUAAAGAAAUCAACCAACUACCUGAGGAACAACCACCAACAUUUUCUCAGGCUAGAAGAAAUUUUGAAUCACCUACUGAAGACUUGUCUCAAAGAUUACCUAAGGCAGGAAGUUUGUCACCUUUUACUAAACGUAAAGAAAUUAGAUCAACACCUGUCACUGUCACUGGCUCUGGUAUAAGAGAAAGGGGUGAAUAUGUCUCACCCUUCAGUAACAGAGCGUCUUAUCCUCAAAUGAAUCAAGAAAAUAUUUCUACAAGAUCUUUCGAACCAUUUGAGAAUCAAAGUAUACAAGAUAAAAGGAGAAACUCGUAUGAUAAACAAUCAAAUAAAAGAGUUUUUGAAUUCCCUCCUCCAAGCCCUACAGAUAUUGGCCACCAGCCACAAUAUGGCAGCAUCCAACCACCUUUGUAUGGUAAUAAAAGGGACAGAUUCAGCCCACCUGUCAACAGUGUGCCACCGAAUCAACCCAAACUUCACCAAGGCCAAACAGAUACUUAUAUUAAAAAAGACAAAUCAAGAGGUUUUGAUUAUCAACCUGUUCAAAAAGUUGAACCAUAUCAACCACUUUCGGAUAAUCGUCGAAACUCGGCUGAAAGACGUGAUACAAACAAAAACAUAAGAACAAGUGAAGAGCGCCAUGUUAGCAAAGCUACUUUUACUAUGAAUGUAGGAAGACCAAAAGAUGUGUCCGGUUCGCUAAUAACAGAUAGUGACAUGAAAAGAACUUCCUUUCCACCAGUCUCUUCUAAAAGAUAUGAACCUAUGGUACCAGCACCACAGACUUAUGAGAAUGAUGUUGAUAUAGCAGCAUGGGAAGAAGAUGCUUUAAGAAAUUAUGAACCCAGAAUUUCAAAAGUAUCACAGGGUAGCAAACACACAGCUGAUAGAAGAAGUGGAAGUGCCUCACCCAAAGUCUUUCUCCGAGAAAAAUAUCCUCCACCACCGCCAUCACCAAGUGAAGUGGCAGAUUUUAGCGAACGAAAGGCCAUGUUUGAAACUACUACACCAUCCCCUGUAAAUGAGUCUCCAGCUCCCCAACGUGUAGAAAAGAGGGUUUGGUCUCCAACAUCACCUAUCUACAAGGAUCCAUCAACUAAUGGAAUAUUUGCUUCUGAUUCAGAUAAAGAGUUAUCUCCCAUUAUCUCCACUGCUGUGUUCAGGCCUUCUAAUGGCACCAUUGAUGUUAGUCAAGAAUCUCCUAGGAAUCGAAGGCCUCGUUCUGAAAUACUUACAUCAGGGUAUUCUAAUCGAAAUCUUGCUAAAUUAGUUAUUGGAGAGCCCAACAUUCAACCCACGCAUAAAAUCCAUGUCCGUAAAAUGUGGCAACAGCCGCAACAUGGAGAAGAUUAUAGUCAUCGUAAUGCUCCUAAUACUGAUGCUGAGUUAAAGAAAGCUUACUUUAGACAACAAGAUGAAAUCCGUCAGCUACAAGAACAAAUCACAUUAAAAGAUAAACGAAUACGCCAGUUAGAAGAGGAAGUGCGUGGAAUACGCGAGACAUCGUGUGGACCAGGGGAAAGUAACUGUUGAUUAGAUCUAAGAUAAUUUAAUGUACUUCAUUUCUCCAUCCCACCCAGUAAACAUUCUGUAUCCACUGAAAUAUAAACAUUCUGUAUCUAAAAGUUGUUAUUAUAUUAUAGUGCUACAAUUAUUAAUUAAUUCUCAUGUUCGGUGUAUUACAAGAUUGGAAAGAAAUUUAUUUUUGAAAACCAUUAUAAACUUCAACAAUUAUAUGAAAAUAGAUUUUUCACUGAUUUUGGAAAAGUUGGUUUUAUACAAAGAUCUGAUGAAUUUCUUUGCUGUUAUAUUAUUUCUUAUAACCCUGCCUGAUCGAUUAGAUAUAUAUAUUGGUGCUCAAUGAAGUAAUAAUCUUAAUUUAAUUUUUAAUGUGACACAUUCAUUACCAUAUAUUAUGCAAAAUCAUUAUUGUUCAUUUGUUUUUGGUUUUAUUCAUGUUUCAGUUUUUAUUUUAUAGAAUUAUAUUAUGCUUUUAAAGUUAUAUGUAUUGUAGAUAUUGAUAUAUACUUCACACCAGUGACCCUGCCAUACUGUAUCUUGUAUAAAAGAAAUAAACUUAAUUUUAUUGUAAAUUGUUAAAAGUAUGAAAAUUUUUAAUGUUAAAUAAUAUACUGUACUGACAUUGUGAAACAUUUUAAUGAGGACAUUUGGUAUGAUGUAUAAAUUAAUCAAUCUGCACAGAAGGUACCGUUAUGUAAAUAUACAGUAUCUAUUUUUAUUGUAUUUUUGACAUGAAAACAUGUUGCACAAUCUUGUCUUAAUUGUUAUGCCUAUUGGUUCAAGUUCAUUGUGUACUUUGCAUGUUUGGUAUUGUAACUAUUUUCUACCAAAAGGACUGGUGUAAUUCUCUAAACAUGAUUUGAACAAUAUAGGAAUCCCUUGCAAACUACAAUAUUGUAAAAAUGGAAUCUUUAAAAUGAAUAUCAGUCCAAAAAUGAUUCAAUUCCAUUCAGUAUUUACAAAGAUAUGAUGAACUGAAAUUCCAUUGAUGUAUACUGCUCCCUAUGUAAAUGGUACUCUGCCAUCAUUAUGUUUUUCUCAAAAUCUAAUUGAUGGGCCUGUUUUUAAUCUGAUUGAAUCCAAGUCAGAAGAUUAUUUUGCUUUGAUGUCUUAAUUAAAUGUUAAAUAAUCAAUCUGAGUGCAUAUUACUAAGGAUUGCAAAUCACACACAAGUUACUUUAAAUGAUUAAUUUACAUCUUUACUCGAAAACUUAUUGACUGCUUGUUCUCUGGUUUUGAUCUGACAGCAUAAUGAUAUUAUCAGUAGUAUAAACUAUAUCAGGUAUAAAUAAAACUUCUCAAAAUAUUGAAAUAUGAUUUUAUUACUGGUUUACAGUUACACCUACAUGUAUUUGAAGGUCAUAGAAUUAAUGUCCUUGUGUAUUUGUAUAGUAUAUUUUAUUUUCAAAUGUGCAAAUUAUUUAAUCUAUCUAGUCAGUUUUGUAGAUUUAGGAAUAUUUUUAGUGAACUUUUUUCUCAUUGAUCAACAAACCUAAAUGAAUCCAUCUAAAUUUUAAUUGUUUACUAUGCUUUCUAUCCAAUAUUCUUAUUGACAAAUCUUUCCUCAAAUAUUUGUUUUAAUACAACUUCUGAUCACAAUAACUCAUAAUUUAGUAAAGUUGAACUACAUGUAGUAAUUAAUAGUUAUUUUUUUUAGCUUUAUAAUACUACAGCUACACCUUUUAAUUUUUAUUUUGUACAAUAAUUAAGAAUAUUUAUUUAAAAUGUACAUAAUAAGGACUGGAUGUAUCACCUUUAUACUGCUUUUGUAGAUAAAGUUCACUAAAUGAAAUAUUGUCCAAAACACUUAUCAUUAAAAUACCUUAUCAUUCACAAUAAGAGAGAUAUGUAAUUGGAUAGUAGAAUCUCUCCCUUUUAUUCAUCCGGUUUUGAAGUUUGGAAUGUUCUGUUUUUUUGUAUGAAUUGCAUAUCCCAUAAUUAGAUUUAGUGACUAAAACAACAAGCCAAAAUUUUAUAUAAAUAAUGGUCUACCUUUUUUUGCUUACUUAAUUCAUAUAAUAUAUAUUGAAAACAGAAACGAUGCCAUAAGAAUUCCUUGGUUUCUUUUUAUCAAUACCGUGGAUAUAACUAUAUUGUCUGUUUGUCAACAUAAUCUUUAAGGAUGGAAAUAUUUUCAAAUGUUAGAAUAGGUAUCUGUAAGUUUACCAUGAGAAGUUAGUUUGGGGCUUGAAUUUGAAUAUAAAUAAUGGAAUGCCUUGAAAAGAAUUGUAUGACAGGUCUUCAGAACCUACUAUAGGGUUAAAUACAUUUUAUUGUUAUUUGUAUAUGAUGCUCUAUAGAUAGUCAGCAAUAAAAGGUGUGAAACCUU